AUGAACAGUGCUGCCCAGGAGAACAGCUUAACAGAGAGCGAAGUAGAAUUAAUAACAAACUACGGAAAGGGCUACUAUACAAGCAGGAUAGUCGGCCUGGAGAAGGAAGUAAAGGACUUGUACAGCCGUGUCAAUGCCAAGCUAGGUCUGCGCGAGGUAGAGACGGGUCUGGCUCCUCCUAUGCUUUGGAAUCUUGCAAGUGACGCCCAGAGGUCAAAGACAGAGAAAACCCUGCAGGUUGCCAGAUGCUGCAAGGUCAUGAACGACCCGGCAGGAACAGACAGGUACAUGAUAAACAUUAAGCAGAUUGCAAAGUUCAUUGUCGGAAGGAGCAAAACACUGAACAGAGAGGAUAUUUCUGAGGGUAUUCGGGUGGGAGUGGACAGAGUAAAGUACCAGAUUAUGGUGCCUCUUCCCGCCAAGAUUGACAAUGCAGUCACGCUCAUGCAGAUUGAGGAAAAGCCUGACAUAACCUACUCAGAUAUAGGAGGAUGUACAGAGCAGAUUGAAAAAAUAAGAGAGGUAGUGGAGAUGCCUCUUAUUAGCCCAGAGAAGUUCAUUAAGCUAGGGAUUGACCCUCCUAAGGGAGUGCUCCUGUACGGCCCACCAGGAACAGGAAAGACUCUGUGUGCUCGAGCUGUGGCAAAUAGCGCAAAUGCCACAUUCAUUCGUGUGAUUGGGUCAGAGCUUGUGCAGAAAUACGUGGGAGAAGGGGCACGAAUGGUGCGUGAACUCUUUGAGCUUGCCAAGUCAAAGAAGGCAUGCAUUAUUUUCUUUGACGAGGUAGAUGCCUUUGGAAGCACCCGGUUUGACGGAGGAAACAAUGAGGUGCAGCGAACCAUGUUGGAGCUGAUUAACCAGCUGGACGGAUUUGAGUCGCGUGGAAAUAUAAAGGUCCUGAUGGCCACAAAUAGACCAGAUACCCUUGACCCAGCGCUUCUCCGGCCUGGGAGACUUGACAGAAAGGUGGAGUUCUCUCUUCCAGACCUAGCAGGAAGAGCUGCAAUCCUUAAGAUCCACACGAAGCCCAUGAGCGUAGAGAAGAAUAUUCGGUAUGAGCUGAUUGCAAGACUCUGCCCAAGUGCCACUGGAGCAGAGCUGCGCAGUGUCUGCACGGAGGCAGGAAUGUUUGCCAUCCGGGAGAGAAGAAAAGUGGCAACUGAGAAGGACUUUUUAAUGGCAGUUGAAAAAGUCAUAAAGGGAUACGCAAAGUUCUCUUCAACCCCAAGAUAUCUGACAUACAACUAA